CGUAGUAACUUUCUGCUGCACAGAUGCACUAACUGACAGCAUAGAAAAAGGAUGCAUAUGUGCAUUAACGUGCAAAACACAUAUUUAUGAAACGCGAAACGAUGUUAUUGGUUAUGACGUAGCAGUUUCUAAAUAAAGAUCAUAUACAACCGAAGGAGAAGGAUCAUAGUCUUAAAUUUUUUACCGUUUUUCUUAAGAAUCUAAACAAAAAAAUGAGUUUGUGGGUAGAUAAAUAUAGGCCAACUACAUUUUCUAAAUUAGAUUAUCAUAAGGAACAAGCAGAAUAUCUUAAAAAUAUGGUACAUAAAGGAGACUUUCCACAUUUGUUAAUAUAUGGACCAUCUGGAGCUGGAAAAAAAACUCGUAUAAUGUGUAUUUUGAAAGAAUUAUAUGGUUCUGGAGUUGAAAGAUUACGAAUGGAAAAUAUGCAGUUUGAGACUCCUUCUAAAAAAAAAUUAGAAAUAAUGACUAUAAGCAGUAAUUAUCACAUAGAAGUAAAUCCCAGCGACGUAAAUAUAUACGAUAAAGUUGUUGUAAUGGAUUUAGUAAAAAUGACAGCACAAACUCAUCAAAUUGAUCCGACCGGACAAAGAGAGUUUAAAGUGAUUUUAUUAACAAAUGUGGAUCAACUUACAAGGGAUGCUCAACAUGCACUACGUAGAACCAUGGAAAAAUAUAUUGCUACUUGCAGAUUAAUUCUUUGUGCAAAUUCUAUAUCUCGUGUAUCACCAGCUAUUCGAUCUCGAUGUCUAGGAAUACGUGUUCCUGCACCAUCGAUAACAGAAAUUAAAUCUAUUUUACAAUCAGUUUGUAAACGGGAAAGUCUAACUUUGCCAGAUGAAUUAGCUACCAGAAUUGCUAAUUUUAGUGGAAGAAAUCUUAGAAGGGCAAUAUUAAUGCUUGAAGCUUGUAAAGUUGAACAGUACCCAUUUACUGCAAAUCAAAAUAUUUCAGAACCUGAUUGGCAAACAUUUAUUCGUACUACGGCUAAUAUGAUGAUAACAGAACAAACUCCUAAAAAGCUAUUAGAUAUUAGAAAAAGACUUUAUGAAUUAUUAACGCAUUUAAUACCUUGUGAUGUAAUUUUUAAAGGACUGUUACAAGAAUGUAUCAAAAAUUGUGAUCUUCAAUUAAAAAGUGAAAUUACAUUCAUAGCUGCUGAAUAUGAGCAUAGAAUGCUAAAUGGAUCUAAACCUAUUUUUCACUUAGAAGCUUUUAUUGCUAGAUUUAUGGCUAUAUAUAAAAAAUUUAUGGAUUCGUCGCUUGAAGAUUUCGUAUGAUUUUAAAAAU